GAAUAAGCUACGAGAUAGACGUUUCAAAACCAGGAUAAGAAACUCCAAAUCUUCUGAUAAGAAGUUUUAUUUAAAGAUGAAGCUGUUCCUAGCAAUUUGCUUUGUGGCAACGAUGCCGUCCUUAUUCGAGGCUACAAACUACUGCGAACCUUCGCUCUGUGACGAUGAUGAAACUCACGUAGCGUGUGAUGCCGGUUCUGAACUCGAAAAAUCAUCCUGUAAAGUGAUCCCGGUCGAAAGUGCCGAACAAUCUUUGAUCGUCAAGCUGCACAACGAAUUUCGUAACAAAGUUGCCACCGGGAAGCAGGAAUACCCGGGAGGAUUCUAUCCGGAGGCGGCCAGAAUGACCACCAUGCAAUGGGACGAUGACUUGGCAUUCGUGGCUGCUGCCAACGCUAGGAAGUGUGAGUUCGAGCAUGAUCAGUGUCGCAACUCGGUCCGUUACCCUGCAUCCGGUCAGAACAUUGCCUAUUCCGGUCAAUCGAGUGCCAAAGCUGACGUCAGUGCUGUGAUCACCAAGCUGAUCAACAAAUGGUACGGCGAGUAUAAGGACGCUAAUCCCGAAUACACCGCAGAGUAUCCCAAGGACUAUGAAGGACCUGCUAUCGGACAUUUCACCCAAAUCAUUGCGGAUCGUGCUGACCGGAUUGGAUGCGCUAUGGUUCAGUGGACUGAGAAGCCCUGGGUUAAGUUCUAUUUGGUGUGCAACUACGCUAGGACCAACGUCAUCGAAAAAGCCAUUUACGUUGCAGGAGACGUUGCCUCGGAAUGCACUACGGGCACCAAUAGUGACUAUCCGGGCUUGUGCAGUGAAGAGGAACCAGUUGACUAUGCACUGUAGAUAGUGUUCAGUUCUAUUUAACCUUAUUUUUUAAUCAACGAAAAACAAAGAAAAAUUGACAGUUUUAAAGUAUACAAAGUGAUAAUAAGUUAAGAUCAAAAGUAUUUGUCCCUUUUCUAUUCGAAAUCAAAAAUAUAAUGACGAAA